CUACGCUCAGUAACGCAAUACCGAAACGGAGGCACCAUCAUCGAAAUGAUCGCAGAAGAAGCAGCUGUAUAUAUCAAACGACAGGAAAUCAAAGAUGAAUUCAUCAAGGCUCUCGAUCCGACUGCAGUUAUAAAAGACCGAGCCUAUCCGGUAAUUAUCCAAUUCGUUCCACUGACCUUCAACCCUAGCGACCAAACCCAAAUUCAAGACAUGGAGCAAGAGAACAAAUGGGAACCGGGAACGAUCACCUCAGCCAAAUGGGUCAAACCACCAUCGAAAUGUUCUCCCACUCAACAAGUAGCCCACCUUCUCAUCACACUUAAGGACCCCAACACCGCCAAC